CGUCGUUUGAGUCGGAAAUUAUAUGUAUUUUAUGCAGCAGUGCGAAGCAAUAAUUAUUGUUUUGUAAUCUGAUGUUUUGUUGAACGUCUCAAUUUUUAUUCAAAAAUUUCCUUUUUUCGAUAAAUUUAACUGAUAAUUAGGGCAUCUGUAGAUUUUCUACCAAUGAUGUACAAAGUCGUUUAAGAAAUGAAAUGCAUGAUCAUAUUUGGUACAGGAUUCUUGGUGACUGAAAAUUUAUGUUACUUGUUGUGGUUUAAUAACAGCUGGUGUCAUCUGCAUUAAAUAUGGAUUGCCCUAAAAGUGUGACUGUCUCUCCAGGAGCUUCACCUAUUAAAAGAAACCGUUCUGUGAAAGCAAUUAAUCUUGAUCUUGCAAUAAAUAAGUUAAAAUCAAAAGCUGCUCCUGAUAUAUGUAUGAUUGGAAAAAAUACAAAUUUGGAUAAACGUAACGGAAAUAAAUUUUCUUCCUUGAAAAAGCAUAAAACCUCCUGUAAUGAAAUGAAGGAUAUUAAGAAGAAUGAAUCUUCUGAUGCAAAGAUAUCAACUGUAAACAGGCCAGAGGUUGAAGAAAAUCUAAGUUCACCCCUUCAGAAAGUAAAUCCUACCAAAUGUGUUUUAUCCCCAAAAUCUGUACCUACAGUCAUUACCGUACCUCAGAGUAAUGAUUUGAGCGACAGUGAUGUAGUUGAAGAAAAAUUUAGUGAUUCACUGAAUGAAAAUUUUGUCAGUAAGUGUUAUAUUAUGUGGGAAAAUAAUUCAAAUCUUUGUUGGCUGGAUGCAUCAAUGUCUUUAAUUGUGCAUAACCAUACACUGCGUAAAGUGUUUAAGAAUAGUCUAAGUUUUAAGAUUACUGAAUCCCCUCAGAUUAUGAAGAUAUUUAAAUCGUAUUAUGAAGCAGUUUAUGUCAUUAAUGAUAGGAAUCUGUCAAAGAGAUAUGAUCCAAGGCUGAAAAUCGCUAAGGAAAAAUUAAAAAAUAUUCGGGAAAGUACACUUUUAUAUUUACAACCAUUCAUGAAAUGUAAAGAAGGUGAGCCUGAUUCUGCCUUCUGCUCUCUUUAUAAUUUGAUAGCUAAAGAUGAAAAUGUAAGAAAUCAUUUUGAAACAGAAUAUGCUGUUUUGAGGGAUUGUAAAAAGUGUAAUGUGCGCAGAACUUUAAAGCAUAAGAAACCUAUUAUCACCCUCUCUAAAGUGAAAUCUUUUGAACCUAGUGCUCCAGUUUCUCUUUUUCAGUGUUCUUCUUGCAAAGAACGUGAUCAGGAAAUGGUUUUGAUAUAUAAAAGUUUACCUCCUUGCUUAAUAUUUCACUUUGAAAAUGGAGCAGGCACUGGAGCUAUUCAGCAUCUUGAAUUUGACCUGCAGGGACGUAUGUAUAAGCUUACUGGUUUAAUGACCAUGGAAAAAAUUUCUGAAUCAACAAUAAAUCAUUAUAUUACUUGGAUACGUGACCCAGUCACCAAUAAAUGGCUUGAAUGCAAUGACUUGAAGCCAGAUAUAUUGACUUUUGUUGGUGAACAACCAGAUAUUAAGCUUCAGAAUAUUCAUAUUAUUAUGUUUGAAGCUGCUGAUGAAUUGGGAAUAAUAACGAACAAUUCAGCUGUUUUGAAAAGUGUGUUAUGUGAUGAGGAUGCAUUGGAGAAGAAAAAUGAUGAUGUUCCUUUUAUUGAUAUUACAGAAGAGGAAUCGAACUCAAAAUCUAAUUCAGUUAUAAAUGAUAUUUCCACUACCGUAGACAAAAAAAUCAAUUCAAUAGAAAGUAAUGCUGCUGCAUUACUUCGUCAUGGAACCACUAUCAGUUUAGUUGAAAGAAAUCAGAUUACCAUGGAUACUGAGUAUAAUGUUUGGGAUACUGAACACGAUAACAAUCUUGAUCAAUCAGCUAAGACUGUUACUUUUUCAGAAUUGGGAAAUAAUGUUUCUAAACUAGUGAGGAGCUUUCAUAAAGUAUCAGACGAUAAAAAAAUUUCUGAUGACAAGCCAGAUAAAAAUAUUUCUGAAAAUAAUCUGAAAUGUGUUAUUGAAAAUGCAAGUCCUUUAAAGCCAGAAAAUGUAGAAAUUUUUGAAACUUCAAUGGGAAAUGCUGCUGUUAAAAGAAAAUUGUUUCUUGAUCAUGAAAUCUGUGUUAAAAAGUUCAGGGGAGUGACUACAAAAAGCACUUCAAAUGAAAUUUCUAAUUUUCAGAUGCGACAAGAUGAAGUUAUUUCACCCAUUAAACACAAUCCAUGUCAAUCUGACAUAAAUUCUGAUGCUUAUGGUACUGAGAAUGAGGAAUUAUCUUUACAGAUGUUGCCAUUGGAACCAAAAAAUAAAAAUUUUAUAGAACCUGACCAGAAUGAAUUUCAAACCAUUCUUGAUGCUAUGAAAGAAAAACCUACAGGGGAUGAACUCUGUGAGCAAAGAAAGUUAGAAAAUGUAAUUUGUGAAUUCAUAAACAAAUUUACAAAAAUUCAGAAGUUAGAAGAACGUAUUAAUGCUUUGGAAACUAGGAUAGUGAAAAAUGUAGAAGCUGAAGAUGAAUGUCCUCAAAAGUUUAAGAUGCUAAAAAAUGAGAAUUCAUUUGGAGUAAAAGAACAAAGCUUCAUGGACACUGAGGAAAACUCAGAAAACAAACUAUCUAAUCAACCAAUAAAAUCUUCAGAGACACCAAAUGCAGUUAAUAAAUGUGUAGAAACUUCAACUGUUCCUAAGCAUUUAAAUCAGAAAAACUUUCCUAGUAUGGAUUUUUCAGUUCUUGCUAAUGGGAAAAUAAGUGGUGAUUUUGCUUCAAAUGAUAAAUUUUGUAAAGGAGAAAAAGAGUUUGUUUCUAGAUUCAGUUCUGUUAAAAGAAAAAGCAAUUCAUUGUAUGAUAAUUCUGGUCAAAAUAUGAAAAUUCAAAAAAUUGUUGAUGGAGUAACAGAAUAUUUUAUGAGUCGUAUAUUUGAUUGGUUUAAAUUUUGAUUUGGAGGUUUGGGUGAUUAGAGUAAUUUGUUUCAUUGUAUUUCAUGUUGUAAUACAUUUUGCAUACACAAAGGGCAUUUUCAUUUGCACACAGAUUAUUAUGUUAUUUCCUUGUUGGAUGCACUAAUUUACUUGUUGGCGAAACAGAUUAACUUUGCAAAGUUGUAAGGAAGUAUUUUGGUUUAUAAAUGUAUUAAAUUCAUUUAUUUCAAAUGAGAGCUCAUUUUUAUUUAUGAAAUGCAAGUUUUUAUUUGUUUUCCAAAUUCAUUUUUAUUUAUGAGAUUAAUACCUUUAUUUAGUAUUUUUACUGUGAUUGCACUCUUAGUGUGUUUAUUAAUUAGUUUAAUUCAUCAUUUUUAUUUAUUAAAAUUAGUCUUAGUUUUUUUUUUAAACCUAAAGUUAUAAAUCUACUUUAAUUUUACAUAUAUAUAUAUAUAUAUAUACAUUAUGUAGAACAUUGCCUUGUUUAACACAUUUUCAGAACCUAAGUUUUUAUUAUGUUGUAGGGUUUUUGCAAAUAUUUAAAACAUUUAAAAUCAAUUUAUAUUUUACUUUUAUGUUUAUCACUACAUAAUUUUUAAGCUUCUGUCUACUGAAUUUAAAUCAGUUGUAUUAAUUAUUAAUUUGCAUUUAAAAGAAAUGAGUACUUUUAUGUAUGCACAACAUACAAGUAUAAGUAAAAGGCAUGUAUGUUAUGAAAAUAUCAAAAUUCUGUCAUCUUAUGGUAUUUAAAUAUAUAUUAGCUGUAUUUUUCCAAUAAUAUUUUUAGACAUUUGGGGAGGGGAGAAAUUUGUGAAAAAUCUAUUUUGCAGUAUAGUAGUGUUGAUUUGCUAAACAUAUAUUCAGAAUUUUCUUUUUAGCACUUUUAUCCACCUUGUGACCCCAUUUGAAAGUGUGAUUUAUAAUUUGAAUACCACUUCUGUAAGCCUCAAACAUCUUCAAUUGGUGAUUUGGAUUUAUUUGAAACCAAAUUUUCACUCAGUUUCUAUUUUCUACUGAACCUCUGUUCAUUCUUUUAGUUACACCUAGUAACAUUUGUUUUCCUCCAUGUAAUCAGAUAUAUUGUGUUGCAGUUUAAUCAUCAUAAAGUAAAUUACAUAUUUAUAAUUAAUUUACUGGUUCAUUCUCUUAGAAAAGCAUCCUGUGUUAUCAGCUUGAUAUUUAUUUUUUGUGUUCAUUCAUCAUGGAAUUUUUCUGUUUCUUGUCAUGGCUUUGAACCUAUGAUGAAAAUAAUGAUGGAAGGUUUGAUUUUAAUUAAUUAUAAGAAACAUGUAAUUGGUUUAAAUUAAAAUCCUAAAAAUAUUUCAAGAAUGAAAACUGGCUUUUUAUUGAAACAAGAAUUUAGCCUUUUCAUAUUGUAAUUAAAGCCAAAUAUUGUUUAUUAUAUUAUUGAUUAAGCAGACUUAUUUAUAUGCAUUAUUUUUAUUUUGUUAAAAAGUGGAAACAAUAAAAUACAGUGCCUUACAUUGAAGCAUACAUAUGGAAUUGUAGUUUCUGAUUAUGGAAGUAUAACUUCAUUAAUCACUGGAAAAUGUCUUAAAGUAUUUGAAAAAAUAUUUAUUAUUUAUUAAUUAUAAUUAUUAUUAUUUAUUUUUCAAAUUCAUGAGCCAAGUUAUAUCACUUAAGAAAUUGAAAAUAUCUGUUGAUUUAUAACACUGUGAUAGUAUACACUUAUAUGUUAUUGAAACUCCUUAAUUAUAAAUUUCUCUAUGCACUAUGUUCUGUAAAAGUACGAAUUUGCCUUAAAAUAUGAUUGCCUUUUGAAACCUGUUUAACACAGUCAUAUUUAAAUUGAAAUGUAUAUAGGUAUUUUUGUAUGAUAUGGAAAAAGUGAUUUGUGAUUGUCUCAUGUUACAUUUCUCUCUCUCUCUCUCUCUUUCUUUCUUUUUUUUUUUUUUUUUUUUUUUUUUUUUUUUUUGUGACAUUUAUUAUGGUUUGUUCAUUUAGAUAUAUAUAACCAUACCUUGAAAUUAUUUGACUUUCUUGUUGAGUUCUUCUGUUUUGAUAAGAAUUAACUAGCACUGAAGUUGUUAAAUUGAAAAAGGUGUGUAUUUUAUUUAUGAAGUUUUUGCAAGUUCAAAGAUAUCUUAUAUUGAGUGUAAACUUUCUGUUAUCAUUUGAAUGUAUGCAUAACAACUAUUAUAUAAAGUAUAUAUAUAUAAAUCAUUAAAAUGUUAAAUGCAGUAAUAAAAAAUGUGAUUCUGUAUUGAAAUAAAGUCUUAUUAAAAUAGCCCACUUUAUGAAAUUGGGAUGGAUAUAACUUUCAGUAUGAAAAAAAUAAUAAAAAAAUACAUAGUAUAAAAUUCAGUAGAGUAAAAAAAUUCAGGUCUAGCUUUUCAGUGGGAAGUUCAGAAGAAAAAAGCACUCAACUGUGAUACAAGUAUAGUAUGUCCCGAUUUAAAGUUCAUGUUCCAUGAUUGCAAUGAAGAAAUAAUUACAGGGACUUUGAAAAAGGAAACAAAUACACAAAAGCAACUUUGAUGUUUCAAUUUCUAAUGGAAAUUCUGACUUAUGAAUUAUGUUGAUGAAGACAGCAGAAAAAUGCUGAUAAUACACAUCGGAAAGUAGGUGCAUAGUUCAGUGUAACCUGUAGGCUUGAUUGCCGCUAAAAGAUCUGAACCUAAAGUUCCAAGUUUUAGAGGCCCCAGACUGCAUUAUAACUUAACACUACAUUUCUCUCACAAAACUGAAAAGAGAGCAUUGGAGGUUGUUCAGGAGUUAGUGAUGCAUCAAAAACUGAUUGUUUAAGCUCUGUAGAUAUAUCAUUUUUAUGUUUGAAAUAAUUUUUAUUUUCCUUUCUAAUGGUAUUAUUUCGGCCUCAUUUUGGAUUAACAGUACUUAAAUUUUUCAUUUACAUUUACAAUUCCAUACAUUUUUAAGCCAUUAGUAUGUUUUGUUUUUCCAUGCCUGCAAAGCUGUUAACGUAUAGAAAAUAAAUGCUGAAGAAGCACUAGUGCAUUUUCUGUUUGAUGUUAUUCUGACCAACCAUUUUAUGUUGAAGUCGGUACAUCAGUGCAUGUAUGCAUGCUUUUUAUUAUUAUUAUUUUUUUUUUUUAUUUAUAGUAAUUUCUUACCCUUAAUUUUAUAUUUUUGUAAGUCCUAAGUUAUUAGAUUAAGAUGCUCAGAAACAUGAAAUUAAGACGGUUGAAAAAUUUUCUUAAAAAUAUCAUGAAAAGUGAUUGAAGGUAUUUCUGUCAGUCUGCUGCACAAGAGAUUUGCAGAUAAGAAAGAUGGUAGAUUUAUUUAUUUAAGAAAAUGCAAAUUAUUUUAGAAAUGGAAGUAGUAGUAGUUAGUAGCUUAAGUCAGUUUGCAUGAAUAUUUUAAUAUGCGGUAUAUAAUUUCUGAAUAAAAUUUAUGAUCUAAA